GAAAAAGAAAGAAAAAAGAAGGGGUGAAUAAAUCCGAAAAGAAAAUCGCGUGAAUACAACAAAAAAUUGUUGGAAGAGUGAAAACCAAAGUUAUCAAACGAUUCAAAGCUUUCGUUCGCAGAAAGCUUCAUUUGAUUGCCCUUUCGUCACACCUUCUUUAUCUGGAUGUGAGGAUUAUGUAAUCUUGUUGAAGUAGUGAACGGGGCAGCAUUGAAAUUUGAGUAACUGCAUCAUAUUAGCCAUUUAAUUUUUGAAAGGUUAGGGUACUAAACUAUCAUCCCAUGCUUUCUGUGUGUGGUGUCUGGUCACUGCACUUGGAUGGCUUUUCCCAUAUCGGGACAUCAUUGUAAAAGCCAAACGAGCAAAGUCCCUUUGUUAAUGGAGCGCGCAGAUAGCCGUAAUGAUAAUGAGCAUGUUAUUGACAUUCCUAGUACGGGUGAGGCUUCUUCAUCUAGUUCAUCCCAUGAAAGGCCGGCCAGUGGCUUGGAGCAGCAACAUGGUGAAGAUCAUCCUUCUACUAGUGCAAGCGUUUCUGUUCAUCAACCUCCACUCUUUUCUGCUGGAUCAAACCCAAGGAAUCCGUCGAUAGUUAGAAGAGGAAAUAGUCGAGGACGUCAAAGGAGUCCAUUGAAUUCUGGUUUAUGGAUAACUGUGGAGCUAGUAUUGACACUUAGCCAAGUUAUUGCUGCUGUUAUCGUUUUGUCUUUAUCGAAGAACGAGAAGCCACGUGCUCCUUUGAGAGCAUGGAUUGUGGGUUAUGCUCUUGGUUGUUUUGCGAUCGUUCCCCUUUUGUAUUGGCGUUUUAAACAUCGAAACCAGGGUUUUGAACAGGAUGCAUCUCAGCUCCGUCAGGAUACUUCUCAGGGUGACAAUGAUGCGGGUCCCUUGACUAGGAGAGUCGUGGAAGGGGAAGAUCGCCUGACUACUGGUACAUCAGCCAGAGGCACUCAGAGUACUGCAUUACCAAAUUCAAGGCUUAAGGUAUACGUCGAAUAUUUCAAGAUGGGUUUGGAUUGCUUUUUUGCUGUUUGGUUUGUGGUUGGCAAUGUAUGGAUUUUUGGAGGACACUCAUCAUCUGCUGAAUCUCCCAACUUGUACAGGUUGUGUAUAGUAUUUCUCGCCUUUAGCUGUAUUGGAUAUGCAAUGCCUUUUAUUCUGUGCACUACAAUCUGCUGCUGCCUCCCUUGUAUAAUCUCAGUCCUGGGCAUCAGAGAAGAUUUUCCUCAGAACAGAGGAGCUACUCAAGACUCAAUUAAUUCUCUGCCGACCUAUAAAUUUAAAGUCAAGAAAAAUAAGAGUGGCAAUGAUAAGGAUAAUAGCUCGGGUGCCGGUGAAGGUGGGAUAGUGGCUGCUGGAACAGAGAAAGAGCGUGCAAUAUCAGGAGAAGAUGCAGUUUGCUGCAUUUGCUUAUCAGAGUACGUGAACAAUGAUGAACUCCGUGAGCUGCCUUGCUCUCAUUUCUUUCACAAAGAAUGCGUUGAUAAAUGGCUGAGAAUCAAUGCAACUUGUCCUCUCUGCAAAGCUGAAGUUGGUGAGACCAUUCUGACUUCACUGACUGAUGCAACUGCCAGCCUGCGAAAUAGCACAACCGUUUAACUUCAUUACCGAUACUCUUCAGUCUGAUUCAUCAACUGGUAGUUUUGAUGGAGGGAGCUCCACUUGUUUACAGUUGAGUUUGUUGCAGCCCAAAAGCUCGCACUCAUUUCACAGGUUCGUCUUGGAUUAUAGCACUGUAGCUCACUGUCUAUACACGGUAAUUUUCGUCUUGGAUCAUACCGUCGUAGCUCACUGUCCAUACACGGUAAUCAAUUUCCCACACGAUGGGACGAAAAUUACUCUGUAUCAGAGAAAUAGUCAUAAAAUGAUGGAUAGAAUGGAUAUGUACUUUAUGUCAAAGAAUGGCAAUAUGAGAUUUAUAUUAUAUGCAUCUUGUAUCAGUUCAGCUUUUUUAUGAGUUAUAUACUUUGUAUAUUACAUUUUGUUUUACAUAUGCUCAAAUUGAGGGUUGAUUUCGACUGUUUA